GAUUUGAUUAGAUGUUCCGAAAUUUCAAACGCGUUUUUCUCGUUUCGAGCUAACUGCUAGUUUCGCCCUUAUGAAAUGUUACGCUAGAAUUGGUUCAAAAUCCAAAAAAAAAAUGAAUUUGAAAUUUAUUGGAAUUGGAAGGUUUUAUUUUUUAGCCAUAAACACUUAACUUUAUUUUAACGUGUAUCGAAAAGGCUUUUUUGUCAAUCAUCUGUCAAAUAAUCGGCUUCUCCCUUUUGAUUUUGUGUUUCGCUGCCUGACUUUUGGCAGCUGUGCUUCGCUGUUUCGUUCAUUUUUAAUGGAAAAGCAGAAAAGGAAAAGUGCUCGAUUAAUUUCGGUUCGCUUUUGGUGCUGCUGCGAGUUUUUUUUUCUACCGAACUGCACGUCGUCUUCGUCCGUCCGUAAUCGGUGGUGUGGUGAAAGACGGAAGGCCAGCACGGAUUAGAAAUUCCUGGUGUAACGUGGUGUGCUUCCUUCGAAAGUGUUUGGUUUUCGAGUGAGGUACUUGCUGCAGACUCGCGUGAACCUGGAUACCGGAAGUGUGCUUGUUUCGAUAAUGGAGCAUUUCGAAGGGAAAAAGGCGACGUUUGAUUAACGCAAGCAGCAGACGCAUAACCUUCCCCUUCUCUUUUCUAUUGACUUUUUUUUGGGGUUGGAACGGUACAAGGGAAGGGAAGUAUUUUCUUGUGUGUGAUUUUUCUGCACAUCUGGUGGGUGGCCAGUUGACUGAGGAGAGGUCCCUGCCAGACGGGGACAGACAGGAAGGAUGAGCGCAGAAGAGUUUAUUUAUAGCGUGAUCAAUGCUGAUAAUGUUGGCCAGCUUGAUCUGAAUGUGAUAGCCAAUACGCUAGCCAGUACGGACACGCUUGUCCGGCAGAUAAAGAGUCAGCAGGUGGAAAACGAAAAUUUAAAGGAGAAGAUCAGCUCCCUUCGUAGUUCCGCUUUGCAGAUAAAACAGUUGUACGAAGCAGAGCUAGGCAAGAACCAAGGAACGGUUAAUCGUGAAGAGGAUUACAUAAGGCAAGUGAAGGAAUUGGAGACUCGAUUGUCGACGGCCGAGAACGAUCGAGUCAAUGCGGAACUGCGCGAGAAAGAAACGGUGGCGGAGCUGGAAAGGAUGCUUGCCGAAAGCCGCGAAAAGUACGAUGGCCUUGCAAUGGAUAUGAUCCGCAACUGUGCAAUACUCAAUGACAAUUUUUUGCUUCCCACGGAUCAGCAGCUAAAGUUCCGUGAAUUAAAGGCAUAUGCCCAGGGUCUAGCAGCAAAUGGGAAGGAUAUUCCUGAAGAUGUCAUAAGCUGCAUGCGGAAGAAUCGCCUCAAGAAGAAACGGGUACCUGAAACAUCGGUUAGGGACCAAACGACGAUGACUAAUUCCGCCGUUGCUGUAGCUUCCGUCGGAGUCAAUGCAGUAGUUCUGCCAGUACUGAAAAAUGCCUCAACCUCAACAUUAGAUUUAGUUCAGCCACCUAGCGUUAAACCGGAAUCACUGAAGAAAACGCUUUGUGACAAAAGUACCAUGUACAGUAGCUCUACAAUAACUCGCUCGACAUGCACUUCGGCGUUCAUCAAAAAGGUCGAUGUCGGAGUCAACUAUCCGGAGGUAAUACCAAAAUCAAUCGAGGAAAUUCUGCGAGAAUGUGUGGUCGAACUGCCCUCGCUGCUGUCGCCCAUUUUGGACGAUAUCCCACUCCUUAAAACGACCGUCCACACUCAAACUGAUCUCGCUACACCGCCCCAAGCUAGCAGCCCGGUAAAAGCACAAAUGGUCAGUUGUGGAACUAACACUACUCUUCGAAACAUUCGACGCAAGAUUGAGUACGUCCAAAAAGCCAAAAACAAUCCAAUGGUGCCCUGCAUCAAGAAAGAAGAACGCAUUUCCCCGGCCAGCUCAAUUCAAAACCUCCAGACGGCCCUGCAACCGGAAAGCGAACAGACGUUGUACGUCGUCCAUCCACAGCUGUCUCAUAUUUGGGCCCUCCUUGGGGAAACUCUGUUCCGGCUGCUAGGCAAUAAUCGACUGGUUGAUACCCAGUGCUACGACGCCAUCAAUCAACGCCUGGCGGAUAUAAACAACAUGAUAGACCCGGGGAAUCAUCGUUCCGGGACCGAAAUGAUGAGCGAAGUGUUUGCCGCGGCAUCGGCGGUCAUUAGCAGCAGUGUGGCGAGUAGUGUUUCGACCACUUGUUCCAAAAAUGAUACCCAGUUACCGGUAGGCGAGAAAAGCAUGCAGGACUAUGAGGAAGAACCGGACGUGGGUGAAGAUUUGAGUGACAAUGUAGCGGUGUCUUCCAAGGAAGUUUCCUCAGCCACGGAGAUGACGGAAAGUAGUGAAGCGGUUGAUGUUUAUGACACAAGGCAAAUCAGUACGGAUACGACAGUUGCAAAUAGCACCUUCGAAGAUUGUUCUACCGAUGCGGAGGAUCUGGUGAAAGACGUUGGUUCGGAAACUGCUGUUACUUCCAUUGUAGCUGAAGAACCCAAGCCUAACGUAAAUCCCUCUAAUACCAAAGACACAAGUGUCACACUGCCUGCAGUCGACAGUAUCAAACCAGCAGAAAACGUCGCCGGCUCGUUUGAGCUAGAAACAUCGAAACCUUCUCCAGUCACUUCUACUGACAGUGAAGAAUCGAAUGAAUACGCUGCCCUCAUGGAACCGAACAGCGGAACCCAAGAUGCUUCAGUACUUAGCAAAACUCAGCUCCCUGCUUUGCAUGCCGCUGUCGAGGAGGACGAGAUGAUGGGUGACAUUGAGCAUGAGUUACUCUUGAUGGAAGAAGGCAAAUCUGUUGAAAAUAGAGAAACUUCUCCGGAAAGAGCACUUCCCUCACCGAUAACGAUAACGAGUUUGGAAGCUUCUAAUGAAAAACAUUACGUGGAGGUGAUAGCGGACAUAGAAACUUCGUCCUCCCUGUCGGACGAUGGUGACCGGAUGUUGAUCAUUGAGACCUCACCUGUACGCAAAAUUUCCAGCAGUUCCUCGACCGCAGGCGCUUCCAGUUGUACUACCUUCGGUAGCAAUGGGACACUCAUUUCCCCCAUCAAAGUAAAGGAAACGAACGAGCUUCUGAAGGAUCAAUUCAAGGCACCUACUAGUCCAGCGAUAAGCAAGCGCAAACGGCGCGAUAAUAUAGAAACUAGUUCACCAAAACGAGGCAGGGUAUCGCCCACAACCGAUAUGUUGCUGCAAGAUGAUUGGGACGAAAAGUUUUCCACGAUCAAAGAUUAUUUCUCGGUUCCUAACGGGUUGAAUACAUUCGAGGAAAGCACCAUUAAUUGUAGCAGUGAGAAAUCGGAAAUCCCGUGGAGCACGGUUUCCAGUAUUGCGUGUUCAUCCAUGUCAUCCCUGCACAGUGACAACUUUGAUAAGUCUGACACGAAACAAUUUAAAGUUCCGGUUGCACCCGGUAGUCUGCCCAUCUUGAGGAUAGAAACUGAAACGUUGGCCGGCUGCGAAGAAAAGAUAACUGAUUCGCCCAUAUCACCGGUUGAAGAAAAAACUAUCGUCGAAACCAGCUUCGAAUGCAGCCCCAGUGUUUUAUCGGAUUCCCCAGAAUCACCUACCCCUCUGGAAUCUCCCUUAUCUCCACCAAUGUGUGUAAGCGAAGCACAGGACGCGGAAUCUUUCGACUCUCCAAUGUCACCGGCGCCCGAAGAUAGAGGUUCCAUGUACCGGGACACGGUUCCAGCAAAAGUUAUACCACUGAAGCAUGAAAUUUCCGAUCGACUCACCUAUGCAUACAAGAAUACUCCUAUCUGUAAAACUAUUUCGAAUUACAGUAAAAAGAGGCGUGGUGAAGUGGUCCAAAAUAUGGCCCCUAAAAAGGAUGUUCAAUUAAUGCGCAAACUAGGCAAGACUAUCGACUUGUACUUGAGUGAAGAUUGGACGGAAGACAACUUACGAAAGUGUGCGGAAGCGUUGCUUUUGAUAACGGAUGAACCGAAACCUGUCGUUGCGGCCAUCAUUGACAGUGCUGUCUCCAAAAAAGAUAUGACACUGGACAGCCAAUGUUCCCCUCCAGCGCCAGUAUUGCCGAAAGUUGUUCAGAAGUUGGUUACAUUACUUAAGGCACUGAAUGAAACUUUGUUUACCCUUGACCGGAUAGCGAUGCUGGAAAUAGAUAAGCGAGUUUUCACUCUGAAAUCUGAUAAGGUUGAUAUAGACACGGUAGUAUCGAUGACCUUUCUGUACGUGGGAAUCGCCGAUUCAAGUCGUAUAUACGGUUGUACCGCAAGAAUGUACAUUUACAAAUGUUUAUAUUACUUUCAAUUCAAAGGACUUCCCUUAAUAUACGUAGUGCUAAAAGCUUUCCCACAUGCUUUGCCGAAAAAAGGUAGCCAAUUCUAUGACAACUCAGACGCAAUGGUUAACACUAUUCGAACAAUUCUGAUGAAUAUAAACUACCAAGAGCGAUCAAAGGGACUAGAUGCGCAUCUUUAUAAAAAAAGCGAACUCCAAAAGCUACUAAAGUACUUUUACGGUUACCAAUCGGGAUCGCCAUCCUACGAAGAGUUGAUCAUAAACCUUGUCGAAAAAAUAAAAGCCAACCGUCUGAAAAAUGUUGACUAUUGCCUCGCACUAGUCGCCAAGCGCAAGGGCUACGAGUGGGCCAAACUACACAUCGUUCAGAAACACCUGUACCCGCUGCUCAACGAUUACCUCAAGCAACCAGAUCCAGAGCGGGCUUUGGACGAUCGGAUCUGUUGCCUAAUUUUUACAGUUUCAGCUAUCCUCAAAACUCAACCCAACUUCCAGGACGUGUCCGGUGUAAUGCAGAUGCUCGGUGGCAUCCUUCAGAUGGCCGAGCGAAACCAAAGGGUACAGGAGGCGGCCGUGGCCGGGCUGAUGCGGUUCACCCGAUUCGGUUAUGCCGACAUCUACGAGUGGUUGUGCAAAUGGUGCCCCAGCUACGAGGUGACUGGCCGCAUCAAGCUUAUGUUGGCCACCUUCGUUCAUCGGAAGGAGGAACGGUUCUGGGAGCAGAUGCACCAGCGCAAGUACGUUUAGUCUGUGAUCGUGAAAAAGAACAUUUAUUUAUUUUACUGUUAUUUGGGUGUGAUGGUGACCACAGCGCAUCUUGUUGGCUAGCGAUGAUUCCGGUCUCCAAUGAUAACACUAGUUUUAGAGCACGCGUUUCUAAAUAAUAUUUAAUCGUAUAAGUACAGUAAAGGAGUUUCACUCUGGUUCUAUUACGAUGGAUAAGUGCUUUGAAGAAACAAAAUAUAUAUUUGGUUCUUACCACGUGAACAUUUUCCUAUUUUAUAAGCGAAGUAUGCAAGGUUAAACCUUGCAACGCAGUCAGUCUGUACAUGAAUGAGGUUUCGUAAGACUAAAUUGUAAGUAUAGGUUUGAAAACAGUUAAU